AUGGAGGGCGCAAGGCACAGCACAACCCGUGCCCUGCGGACGAGGGGAUGUGCGGACGCGCUGCCUCAGGUCACCACGACGGCCGGAGCGCCCGCCCCCCGCUUCGCUCGCGCAGCGUUAAGAAGCUCGAACCUGGGCCCGCGGUGCGCCCAGGUGUCCCGGAGCAGCCUGGUUUUGGGUGGUGAACAAAUAAGUUCAAUAGGACGAGGCCUCUGUGUGCUGCUGGGCAUUUCUUUAGAAGAUACGCAAAGAGAGCUGGAGCACAUGGUUCGAAAGAUCUUGAACUUGCGAGUAUUUGAAGAUGAAAGUGGGAAGCACUGGUCCAAAAGCGUGAUGGAUAAACAGUAUGAAGUGUUGUGUGUGAGCCAAUUUACUCUCCAGUGCAUCCUGAAAGAAAACAAGCCAGACUACCACAUGGCAAUGCCCACAGAGCAGGCGGAGUGUUUUUAUAACAACUUCCUAGAGCAGCUAAGAAAAGCCUACAAACCAGAGCUUAUUAAAGAUGGCAAGUUUGGUGCCUACAUGCAGGUCCACAUCCAGAAUGAUGGUCCUGUAACAAUAGAACUGGAGUCUCCAGCUGCCACUGUCGACCCUAAACAGCUGACCAAACUUGAAAAACAGCAACAAAGAAAAGAGAAGACCAGAACCAAGGUGCCCUCUGAGUCAAGUAGAGAAAGAAAUGCUCCCCGUAACAAGGAUGACCCCAGUGCAAGCAGUGGAGCAGAAGGAGAUGUGUCUUCAGAAAGAGAGCCUUAGCUCAUCCGAAGCAGGUCUCAGUUUCUCAUAUAAAAGCUACACUGGAUUCUUGAAGAGACCAGACAUUCACCUCAGCACCAGUCUUCAGUAACUUUGGAAAAGAAUGGAGAACAGAACUAAGAUUUUAGAAACCUGUACCAUUCUGUAUUGAAACAACCAAAGCAGUGCUAUCAGAUUCAGCUGUUGAUGUGUAGUAUCAGUAGUAAAAAGGACUCGUAACAUUUUUGUGUAUGUGUUUUCACAUGACUGCGGAAUAAGGGGUCACUGUAGGCAUAUUGUAGCAGAACAUUCACUAUCAGUACAUAAGCUCCAUUUAAAAAAUAAAUCAGGGUUUUUCCUUAAACUUACACUUGAAUUCUGAAAAUUAUCCAAGCAGGCUUGCAUUUUGAUUCUCACUCUUAUGGUGUCAUGUGCUAUCUGUUUCCAUGGCAGCAUGUAGAUCUGUGCUGUGUAUAUUUUGGUAUAUUGUUCAGCUUUAACACCAGGUUAGGCAGUCCAGUAUUUCUGCAUGGAUUAAGUUAUUAAAAGGAAAGAUCAGCUGCUAGUUGUUUAUCACGUGGAAUACAUCUGUCUUGUAAACUUUUUUAAGAACAGAAAAGACUUUAUUAAACAAAUUAGACUAUCUGA